AUGUUGUCUCUCGGUCUCCUCGUCCUUGCCGCGUCGCUCGUGCACGCCUCGCAAGCCCCGUACCACCUCAGCGCGCCGACCGACUUCGAGCGGCUUUUCUCGUCCGACCUGCUCUCGCGCGACAAGUGGUCCCAGGAGUCAUGGAACGGCCUCGUGUCGUUUGCGCGUGCGCAGCCGCUGAGGUGUUUCGGGAGUGACGCGGACGUAAAGUACGAUGUUGCAGUGCUGGGCGCGCCAUUUGAUACUGCUACGAGCUUCCGGCCUGGAGCGAGGUUUGGGCCUAAUGGGAUCCGUCAGGGCGCGCGCCGCCUCGGUGUCGACAGAAUCAACGUCCCUCACAAAAUCCGUGCCAGUGAUUAUCUGAACAUCGCUGACUGCGGCGACGUCCCCAUGACAUUCGUGGACAACAAGGUCGCGCUGCGCCAGCUCGAGCUCGCAAACAAGGAGCUGCUGUCCCGGGAGGCUGCACGGUCGUAUAACGAGACGAGCCUUGCGAAGGAUGGGAAGUACCAUCCCCGCGUACUGACGCUCGGUGGCGACCACACGAUCACCCUACCAUUACUCCGAGGUGUUGCCGAGGUCUAUGGGCCUGUCAGCGUUAUCCAUUUUGAUAGUCAUCUCGACACCUGGAAACCCAAUUUCAUGAGCGGUCCCUGGCUGCCGGGCGAAGAAAUCCCAGUCACGCACGGCAGCUACUUCUACUACGCCUACAAGGAGGGUCUCCUCGCGCCGAAUAACUCCAAUAUCCACGUCGGAAUUCGCGGCGCCCUCGGCAGCUGGGACGACUACAAGAACGACUGGGAGGUUGGGUUCCACAUCUCCCAUGCGGAGGAUAUCGAAGAAGUCGGGUACCAGGGGAUCGUAGAUAAGAUCCGGGAGGUCGUUGGCGAUAACCCCGUCUACAUCACUCUGGAUAUCGACGUGAUUGACCCUGGCAUGGCACCUGCGACCGGGACGCCUGAAAUUGGUGGUUUCACUACACGCGAGAUCAAAAAGAUCCUCAAGGGGCUCGUAGGCCUCAAGAUUGUCGGGGCCGAUAUCGUAGAAGUCGCGCCCGGCUAUGACAGUCAGGAUGAAAUAACUCAGAUUGCUGCCGCCAAUAUCGGUUGGGACAUGCUCGCUCUGAUGGCGAAGACGCCUACCGUAGCAUAAUGGGUAACGGCCCUAGGUAUAUUGGGCGCCCCGGAGAGGGUGCCCCUCACCGUGAAGUAGACUCUGUAUAUCAUACCAACAGAUGAUUCACUAUAAGGGUUUCAGGGCACGCAUCGGAGUCUUCGGCACCAGACUCCCUGUAGUGGGACGAGUUUAGGAGGAGCGGUAUGGAUCGAAUAGUACACCU